AUGUGGUUCAAGAUUCUCCCUGGACUUGCCAUUGUAGGCAUGUAUUUAGUCAUCCCCAGAUUAGCUGCUGUGUACAUCCACAAAUUCACUAAUGGGAGCAAGGGAUAAAGAGUGGUCAGACUUCCCUACCCGUAGGUUUUGAUGGACAGAGAUAGGCACAACUGUGGAGUCAAUCACAACUAUGUAUCCAGGGGUUUGGAAAACACUGAUUAAGAAAGCAUUUUCCUAGUUAAUGAGAAAAUUAAAAUUCUACCCCCUAGCCCUCCCAAAAACAUAAGCAAACCAAAACUCU